AUGGCGGUCAAGUUUUUCAUUCAGAAGGACAUUCCACAGGAGAUCCAAGCAGAAGUGUGCGAGACCAUCACCUCGCUUGGUGGUCGAGUCGAGUCCAAGGUGCCGCGCGCGGGCUUCGUGCUUGAGCGUCUGCGGUUGUGCUGGGCGACACCGGAGCGACCAGACAGGUACUUCGUGCCGUACACGUACGUGGAGGCGUGCAAAAUCUCGGGCAUGCUCCUCAAGCAGAUCUUCGUCCACGACGGGCAGUCAAUCCGGAUGCACAUAGACUCGAGCAUCGCGAACGUGAACGUGCGCGCGGCGCUGUCCACGCGCAUCAUGCAUUCCGGCGGCGAUCCCACCGCAAGCGCUCAGUCCGCGCGCGUUAUCCUCGCGGACCCGAACACGGAGAUUUUCCAGCACCUGGUGAAGACGUACCAGGCCGAACCGGACAAGUUCGUCGAGUCAUACCUGUGGGUCAAGAAAUGCAUCGAGAAGGGGCAGGUCAUCUAUACCCCCGUCGUCUACAAGAACCCUGGCGGGCGCCGGCCCGGAGAAGAGCGAACGCAGUUCACAGAACUCGAUGAGGAGCAUCUUUGCGCGUGGAUCGCGGCGAAGAUUCCGUACAAAGAGACGGGCGGUCGGACAGGCAACAGGCUGUAUCAGCAGCUGUGCGAAAUGGCAGAGGAUCCGGAGUACGCCUGGGUGACACGGCAUACCUGGCAAUCCUGGCGCGAACGCUACAAGAAGAACGCCACGCGUCUCGAUACGAAGAUCGCGGAGAUUGUCGACCAGAAGAAGCCCGCGCACGGAGAGAAGGGCCAGUACGGCUACGUCCGCAAGCCAGAGGAGAAGCCCAAGCGCGUCCGGAAGAAGCGCAAUGCGAAUGGCGACGUGGCUGACCCCAUCGCAGGCCCCUCCGGUCUGCACGCACUCGAGUACGCUGUGCCCAUGCCCGUCCCCAUUCCGCCGGCCCUCCAGGGGGUGAUUGGACAACUCGGCGGUCCGAAUGACGCGUUCAACCCGAUCGUGUACUCCGGGCAGACAGCGGUCUUCCAACACAUACCGACUCCCGCACCUCCGCAACCUCAGCAGGCAAACCAGAUGACCCUCAUCACCGAGAAGCGUGAAGAGGAGAUGGAAGACGAGGACGAGUGGGCGAUACGCGAAGGAGAUGCGCCUCAGCCGGCUUGGGCGAAGCGCAAGCCAGCCGAAGAGGAGGAGGGUCCAAACAAGAGGAUGCGGACAACCCCGCCGGAAGAGUCAUUACAUCCGAUUGAUCAAGCAGUACGCGGCAUCGCACGAGAAUUUAGGUUCACAGUGGAGGAGGUACAGGAGUACUACGACAAGUGCGGUGACCCGGAACGGACAAGACUCCGUUUCAUGAAGAUGAGGGAGCUGCUCGAUAACUUCAAGGACGAUGAUCAGAUGCUACCUGUUGUAUGA